AUGGUUGCCGUGCUCAAGGCCAACAAGAAAGAUGUGAGGAUUUGCAUAGACUACACUGAACUCAAUAAAUGCGUUGUAAGAAACCGUCACAUCAUGCCGAGUGUUGAAAAAAACCUUGCUCAACUAGAAGAAGCCCGCUGGUUUUCCCUUCUUGAUGCGAACAAGGGAUAUCAUCAGGUGCCUUUAUGCAAAUGUUGCCGACAUGUAACUACUUUCAUCACGCCAUUUGGUCGCUACUGCAGUGAUAGACUACCGAUGGGUUUGUGUCCCAGCGCGGAGCACUUUCAAGAAAGUAUGUCUACAGUAUUGGAUGGACUACAAAAUGUGGUGAACCUAUCAGAUGACGUUCUUGUUCAUGGAAGAACUCUUGAAGAACAUGAUAAAUGUCUGCGUGCAGUAUUGCAGCGUCUAUCAGAGUCAGGUCUUACGUUAAACAAAGAUAAGUGUGUCUUCAGACAAAAGCGCGUAAGAUUCUUGGGAUACAUUGUAUCAGCGGAUGAAGGCGUGCAGCCCGAUCCUGAGAAAGUGAAAGCUAUAACCAGCAUGAAGAGGCCAACCAACACUACGGAGGUGAAAAGGUUUUUGGGAAUGGUCCAUUUCCAGUUAAAGUUUAUAGAACAUCUUGCGGAUAUCACCAAACCACUGAGAGAACUGUUGAAAGAUAGCGUCGAGUUUAUGUGGGAAUCACCACAGGAAAAGGCCUUCAAAGAGGUCAAGAAAAGAUUGAUCGAAGCUCCAGCGCUCUCUCUCUUUAACACAAAUAAGAAGACAAGAAUUUCGGCAGACUCUUCGUCAUAUGGAUUAGGAGCAGUCCUGGAGCAAUUCGAUGAAGAACAAGAAGAUUGGAGGCCAGUCUACUAUGCGUCUAGAGCUCUAUCCAAAACCAAAAAGAGAUACGCUCAAAUAGAAAAAGAGGCGUUAGCAUUAACGUGGGCAUAUGAGAAGUUUGCAGCGUUCAUCAUAGGAGCACCAGACCUUGUCUUAAGGACGGAUCAUAAGCCAUUGAUCUCGAUUCUGGGACCCAAGCCUAUUAGUGAUCUCUCCCUGAGGUUACAACGGUUUCGAAUGAGACUAAUGCGUUUUGCUUAUAUUGUUGAGUAUGUUGCAGGGAAAGCUUUGAUGACUGCGGAUACACUCUCGCGGGCACCGUUGUCAGAUGCCCGUGACGCUGAGGAUUGCUUGUGUGAUGACGGCAUCGAAAAGUUCGUACAAGCAGUUGUUAAGAGACGGAUGUCCGACCAAUUUGCGAUCAAAAUACGUGAGAUGCAAGACAAGGACAUGGUCAUGCAAGAUGUUUUGAAAUAUGUACGAGAAGGAUGGCCGAGGUAUCGCAGAGAUGUACCAGAGAAGCUAUUACCAUAUUUCGAGGAAAAAGGUAUCCUGACGGUGACACCAGAUGGGACCCUCCUAUGCGGCACGCGGAUACAUAUCCCAAAAGGUCUACGUAACGAGGUGCUUGAGAAGAUACAUCAGGGUCAUUUAGGAGAGAAGAAGUGUCAGGGACGAGCCAGGCAAUCUGUAUGGUGGCCAGGAGUCAAUGCAGAUGUGCGAGCACGGUGCUUGAAGUGCACCAUAUGUUUGGAACAUCGUUUGCAAACCAAGGAACCUCUAAUAGUGACAGAACCACCUGAACGACCAUGGCAGGAAGUAGCAGUAGACUUCUGUGAAAGAGAAGGAAGACACUAUCUGGUGAUGGUUGAUUAUUUCUCUAGGUAUCCAGAGGUCGUAUACAUGUCAUCAACUACAGCAGCAAACACGAUCGCGAAGAUGAAGGAUAUAUUUGGGAGACACGGAAUUCCAGAGCAGGUACGCUCAGACAAUGAUCCGCAGUUCAGCAGCCAGGAAUACAAGCAGUUUGCCAAGAAUUUCGGGUUUGCCAUAGUUACAAGCAGCCCGAGAUAUCCACAGAGCAAUGGGAAAGUUGAAGCGGCAGUAAAAACAGUCAAGCGCAUCUUGGAGAAGGAAACAGAACCUACUCUGGGUUUAUUGGCAUAUCGUACUUCUCCUCUGGAAACAGGCAGCAGCCCGUCUGAAUUGCUCAUGGGAAGAAAACUUCGCACGCCGGUGCCAUGUUCGGCGAUGACACUAACACCCAAAUGGCCCGAUUUGAAAGCGUACCGCCAACAGUUAUGGGCGGGAAAGCUUCGCAGCAAACAGCAGUACGACAAGAGACAUCGAGUGCGAGAGCUACCAGAAUUGAUGCCGGGUGAACUGGUGUGGAUAAAGGACCAGCGAGCAUAUGGCACUGUUGUACGUCGUCGUACUGAACCAAGGUCGUAUGACGUACGAUACCCGGGAGGCUUGUUGCGACGCAACCGGAGUUUUCUGGAAUCAACCAGACGAGCGAUGGAAGACGACGAUGAAGAUGAAGAUGAUUGGGGAACAGUAGCUAAUGAAGAUCAGCCGCGGCAGGAGGCGGAUAAAGAACCAGCGCCGGCUGAACAACCGGAACCCUUGCGACAAAGUAGUCGCCAACAUAACACGCCGAGAAGAUUACAUUAUCAACAAUUAGGGAAACCGACGUGUUAA